AUGGGUGAGAUUGUCCCUAAUCAGCUAUUCGUCGCUGGAUACAGUCGUAACAAAGUGACUGAUGAAAGAGAUGUUAAGGAAAUCUUUAGAAAAUAUGCCUCAGUCAAAGAAGUUGCAUAUAAAGGUUCAUAUUCUUUCAUUGUAAUCUUUCCAUCUUAUCAGACUUUCAAUAGCGAAGCUGAAGCUUAAGAGGCACUUAAAGAGACCAAUGGAAUGGCAUAUAAUGGUCAGAAACUCAAAGUUGACAUUGUUGAUAAACGCAAAAGUCGAAAAACUGGACCAUCUGAGGGUGAUUAAUGUUUCAAAUGCAAUAAAGGUGGCCAUUGGUAUUAAUUUUAUUUGAUUCUUAACAGGGCUAGAGAUUGUCCUAAUGGCAGAUCCCCUCAUAGAAGUAGAAGAUAUUCAAAUUCCAGAUCUAGGUAGAUUAUUUAUCUAUAUCAAUUCUAGACGUCAUAGAAGGAGAUCUGAUUCUCGUUCUUAUUCUUCAUAGUCUUCUUCAAGAUCUAGAAGAAAAAAUAGAUCCUCCAGAAAUAAACAUAGACAUAGUAGAAGUAGAAGUCCGAAAAGACAAGAAAAACCCAAAAAGAGAAGCAUCAGUAGAAAAAGAUCACCCUCUGAUUCAUAAUCAUCUAAACGUGCUAAUUCAGACUCAAAGUCUUGAA